CAGACCAUCCGCCAUUUUACCUCCCGAGAAUUCCUGGCGCCGCAUGAUCAUAGCCGCCGGCACAUUCGCAGCGCGACGAUGUCCCUGCAAUGGCGUUUCUGACCCCCAAUUGCCGGUUGAUUUCAUCGGCUCGCUUGCUCUCGGCUUCUCCCUCAGCCCCUCGCUUACGAUUCGCGCACGCUCAAGCCAUGAGCUCGUGCUCGACUCAGAGAGUCUUCCAGCUGAAGCUCGACCCGCUCACCGGCAACUCGGAGUGGGUCGUCAUCGAGGAAGACGCAGGGGAGACGGCUCCCGAGAGUCUCCACAAGGGCCUCCUGGCGAGGACAUCGUAUCUUGACAUGCUCAAUGACGCUCCCCGGAACAAGGCCUUCCGCGAAGCCAUUGACAAGGCCAUCACCAGGCCUUGCCGCGUGCUCGACAUUGGUGCAGGAACUGGCUUGUUAUCAAUGAUGGCUGCUCGGACGAUGGGUUUGAUGGAUUCUCCAACAUGCCAUGGUAAUAAUGGAUCAGUAACAGCUUGCGAGUCUUACCUUCCCAUGGUGAAAUUGAUGCGGAAGAUUUUGCGUGCUAAUGAUAUGGCAAAGAGUAUAACUGUCCUCAACAAGCGUUCUGAUGAAGUCAGAGUUGGGGUAGAUAUUGAUUCACGUGCUGAUGUUCUGGUUAGUGAGAUACUUGACUCAGAGUUACUGGGCGAAGGAUUAGUACCAACCUUACAGCAUGCACAUGACAUGCUUUUGGUGGAAAAUCCAGUAACAGUUCCAUACAAGGCAAUCGUGUAUGGCCAGCUAGUUGAAAGUACAUAUUUGUGGAAGCUGCAUGAUCUGUAUAAUAAUGAAGCAGAAAUAUCAGAUGGCAUACAUCUAGUCCCUGCUGGGUUGGAGAGGAUAAUAGGCGUUAAACUUCAACAACAUCCGAUGCACUGUGAUGCAAUAAAACGAGAAAUAAAACUGUUGUCAGAACCCUUCAGAAUUUUUGAAUUCAAUUUUGGGAAACGGCCAGAGAGUCAUGGUGAAACUGCAGUUCAUGUAAAAGCAACCGGUAGUGGUCAAGUAAAUGCUGUGAUUUCCUGGUGGAUGCUUCAGCUUGAUGAAGAAGGGUCUAUACAUUAUUCCACUGCUCCGAAAUGGAUAACUUCAUCAGGUGCUGGGAAUUGGUGUGACCAUUGGAAACAGUGUGUUUGGUUCAUUCCAGGGAAGGGGGUGCCAUUAGCCAAAGACGAAGAGAUUUCUUUACGUGCAGUUCAUGGUGAUACUAGCAUUUCCUAUCAACUUGAACCUCAUCAGCCAAUAUCCACAGGACAGGAUCAUAACGUUAAGGGUGGAGAUUUCUGUCUCCCCCUAUCCCCUGAAAGAAUUGCAAUUUAUGGAGAUGCUGAAUGGCGGCAUUCUGUGCUAAAUGCCAUAAAAACUGUUCUGCAGAGAAGAGCUCCCUCACUAUGCAUCAUUGCUGAUGACAGCGUCUUUCUGGCGCUUCUGGUUGCUCGCCUUUCAAUAGCAUCACACAUAAUGGCCUUGUUUCCUGGUUUGCAAGAUAAGGGUAUCCAUUAUUUGAAAGCUGUUGCUGAUGCUAAUGGUUUCUCAAUGGAUCGUGUAGAAUUCGUUAGAAAGAAAACGGCAAACUGGACUGUGCAUGAUACUCAUAAGAAAACGGUGGACCUGCUGAUUGCAGAACCAUUUUAUUAUGGAAGUGAUGGCAUGCUUCCUUGGCAGAACCUUCGCUUCUGGAAUGAACGGACUGCACUUGACUCUCUACUUUCCAAAGACGCCUCUAUAAUGCCUUGUAAAGGACUGUUAAAAGUUUGUGCUAUGUCUCUCCCAGACUUAUGGAACAGCCGUCGCUCUUUGGAGAAGAUCGAAGGUUUUGAUCAUUCCAUGGUAAAUGCUACUUUAGGAGCAUGUGGUGAUGCAGCUGAUGGAGGUCCUUGCCUUCCCUUUUUCGUCUGGCAGUGUGGGGAGGUUAAGGAACUCAGCCAGAUAGUUACUGUCAUGGAAUUUGAUUUCUCAAGGGCUAUAAGUCCAUGUCAAGGAAAAGCCAAGGUCAAGUUUAGUGAGAAAGGAAUUUGCCAUGGAUUGGUGCUGUGGAUUGAUUGGGUGAUGGAUGCUGAAUACUCCACUGUGGUUUCCACUGGCCCAGACCAGCGAUAUUGGAAGCAAGGGGUGAAGCUUCUUCCCACGCCUGUGGCAGCUGGGUUCCAUGGAUCAACUGAUGCCGGCGAAGCUUCUUGUUUGAUUGUCGAAACGUCAUUCGACCCAUCAAAUGGCGAACUUGUAAUCAAGCACAUUCCUUCCUAAAAUCUUCAUCUUUAGCCGUGAGAAUUUUCUGUAGCACAUGGAACAACCGACUGAAAACGAUGAUUUUCUCGAAUUUUCCAAU